AUGAGGGAAUACCGCUUCGCUGAUCGGCAGAAGAGGAAGCACCAGAAGGUCACCGUGGCGAUUGUGGGCGGCGGCCCUGCUGCGCACACCGCCGCCAUCUACCUGGCGCGGGCCGAGAUGGCGCCGGUGCUGUUUGAGGGGUGGAUGGCCAACGGGCUGGCGCCGGGCGGCCAGCUGACCACCACGACGUGA